AUUCCCCAAAUGCUUAGAGAUCCCCCACAGGUGCGUUUUGUACUUUUAUGCUGCGCUCUAUUCCUCGUCCAUCCCAUCGCGCGUGUAAUGACCAGUUGCCAGCAGUAGCCAGUUGCCAGCAGCGACGUCGAUGCGUCUUCCCCCCCCGCCCCUGUGGCCCGUGGACCGGCGCUGCGAUUGUUGGAGUCGUUUUCUACAUGUUCUUGCGUCACAAUACCGUUCACCAUCGGCGCUGGCACAGCUUUGAGCUGGACGCCAAGGAACUUUUCAGAUUACAGGAUGCUGCCGACAAGUCAGACGUCAGUUCUGCCGACGAGCACCUCGUGAAUCUCGCAGACCGUAGGCGAACAACCGCAGCUUGGACCGAGCUCGAGCUCGAGCGCGCUCCUACAGGUGGCCUGGGGACGUCGUCGGACGACGAGCCUGCGGUCUCGCGGCAUGCCUACAUCAAGGUUCUGGGGCCGGACGAGCUAGAGCCGGAGCACGAGCACGUGAGCAGCCAUUUCUUCAUCGAAGAAGACGAGCUGGUAGACACCAUGGGAGUGAGUGGCCUGUGUCUUCUGUCGCACAGCCAAAGCCUCUACGAGAAGUGCACCGUGGUGUCGGUUGCGCUGCAGGCUUUUUUGAUGCAGUUCGUGAUCUUCUAUUUCAUGUCGAAGUACAUCGUCAGAGCGGAACAGCCGAGCGCUUGGGACAGAGCAGGGCCCGUGAAGCCGAGGAUUCUCAUGAUCGCUAUAUAUGUGCAUAUCAUGAAUGUCUUGAGAGAUGUUCCAUUCGGCUUGUCUGUCCUGGUUACUUUCCCUUGGUUGCAGCAUGGCUGGAAGAACGUUGCUUUCACCGCGCCAAUCUAUAUGAUAGAUACUGUCAUCGUCCCCUCCAUCACAGCGGUGCUGGGGUCACUAUUCUUGUGUACAUCAAAAACGUCCGCAGAAGUAGUGCUCAAUUCGUGCGCCGUGUAUUUUGUCAACGGCAUUGAUAACGCGCUUCUGAAGCUUAGCUGUGAUUUCAAGGAGUUGUCUAGGUUCCGAUCAAGGCAGGUGGUGUUCGUACCUUAUCAGCCGAAGAUGGUCAAGUGUCUUGAUUACAGUAUUGUCGUGUUUCCCAUUUUCCCAAUGUUGUGGGCAUUCUCGAUGGAAUGGAUCGGACUUGAUAUUUUGGAGCUCUACAAGUCAGGAGAGGGCGUAUGAACAUAAGUUGGUGCAUGGCAGCGCACGGAUCAUUCCCCUAGUCCGUUGUUAGAGUAGCUCCAGGGUUUUUUGAUGACUAGGGCUCGAUCGGAAGCCAUGCAUGACAGAUUCUGGGCCUCUCCGUAUCGAAUAUUGUAGGAUAUGUGGACUCAUGCGCCGUAUCCCAGAGUUCGCAAGUAUGGAUUAUUAGUUACGUUGAUGUUUCAUUCCGGCGCCCAACCCUCCAAGGGAGAUCGCGGGUAAGGAUUAAGUUUGGGCACGACGGCAAAAGGUACUGCAGUCCUUGUCUGUCAUUCCCAUCGCAUGCGAUUUAGCCAAUGGUGCCUGGUUAGGCUAUUUCUGUCAUGUUGAGAUCAUACAAUAAAACAAGUCCUCGUCCAUCCCAUCGCCGAUUAAGCUUAGGCAUGCCGCGUGACCCGUGGUCUAUGCUCAUGCAAAGAGGGGCUUCAGUCUCAGCUAAUAUUCUCCAG